GACAACAAGAAACAAAAAUAUUUUUUAAUUUUGUGGUUUUUAAUAACAUUGUAAAAAAUGGACAAUUCACCUGUUGAAGAAGACGUUUUAGAUGAAGAUAACCAUGAUUUAUUUAUAAACUUUCCACCAGACGUUCAAAAAGCUAUUGAAGAAGUCCUGCCUAGUAAAGAUCCCUUAGAUGAACCAGAUUUUAACAGUAUUGAUUACAUUAAUUCGCUUUUUCCCACAGAACAGUCACUCUCAAACAUAGAUGAAAUAGUACUAAAAAUGGAAAAUAAAAUAAAUUCCAUAGAUAACGAAAUAAGCACAGUUGUUCGUGGUCAAAUAGCAGCGAGUCAAGAUGGAAGACAAGCACUCGACGAAGCUCAGAAAGUUAUAAAACAGUUAUUUAUUCAUAUUAAGGACAUAAAGGAACGCGCAGAGAAAUCUGAGGAAAUGGUUCGUGAAAUAACAAGAGACAUAAAACAACUGGAUUGCGCUAAACGGAACUUAACUUUAGCGAUAACUACAUUGAAUCAUCUGCAUAUGUUAGUAGGAGGUGUAGAUACUUUAAAGUCUCUUACGCAGAAGAGGCUGUACGGAGAAAUUGCUUUACCAUUGCAAGCUAUAAGUGAGGUUAUGACACAUUUUGAAAAUUAUUCCGAUAUUCCACAAAUAAAAAACUUGAGCGAUCAAGUGAAGUCGAUACACGUUGAACUGGCCGAACAGAUUACUCAUGAUUUCAAAGAGGCAUUUUCAGGAACUAAUACAAGGAACAUGAUACCAAAUAAACAGCUUGCUCAGGCUUGCUUGGUGGUAUCUAUUUUAGACCCAAAAGUAAAGAGGGAGCUGCUUAAAUGGUUCGUAAACUUGCAACUGCAAGAGUAUAAUCAUUUAUUCCAAGAAACCGAAGAUACAGCGUGGUUGGAUAAAAUCGAUAAACGUUACGCUUGGAUAAAGAGGCACUUAUUGGAAUUUGAAGAUCGCUUAGGUAAUAUGUUUCCACAAAACUGGGAAGUUUCUGAGAGAAUUGCAGUUCAAUUCUGCCACAAUACUAGAGAAGAACUCUCGAAAAUAAUGUCGAAGAGAAAAAAUGAAAUCGAUGUGAAGUUAUUAUUGUACGCUAUACAGAAAACAGCAGGUUUCGAAAACCUUUUAUCUAGAAGAUUUACAGGCGUGACUAUAAGCGAAUUUAAUGAAAAUGUACAAAAAAAUGUUGGCAUGGAAAAGGGACAGGGUGAUAUUAGAGAGGAAGGAGGCGAAAAUGAUUUGAAUUCUUCUCCGUUCCACGGAUUAAUAGGCAGGUGUUUCAUCCCACAUUUAGAAAUUUACAUCGAAAGUGUAGAUCGGAACCUGUUGGACUUAAUUGAACGAUUUAUAGUAGACCAGAAACAGAGUAAACCGACAGAGGCCACAGACACUCAAGCCGCUAUCUUACCGAGCUGUCCGGACUUGUUUGUUUUCUACAAAAAGAGUAUGAUCCAGUGCAAUCAGUUAGACCGGGGCCAAACGAUGUUGAGUUUAACAAGAACGUUUCAGAAAUACUUACAUGAAUAUUCUGAGAAACUCCUCCUGAAUAACUUACCAAAAAUCGAAUCGCAGUCCUUAGGAAGCUCUGUCCAAAAUUUCACCAAAGAUUUACAAAAAAUGUCGACGUCGGGGUUGAUACAGAAUUUUUCGUCGCUUUUGAAGGAAGGGGAAGUUACAAGGUUUACGAAGGAAGAACAAACGAGGAUAUGCUGUAUCCUAACCACAGCCGAAUAUUGUUUGGAGACGACGCAGCAACUUGGUGAUAAACUUAAGGAGAAGAUUGACCCCACACUGGCCGAUCAAAUUGAUUUGUCAAAGGAGCAAGAUAAUUUCCACAAAGUAAUAUCGAACUGUAUACAGAUAUUAGUUCAGGAUUUGGAAAACGCAUGUGAACCGGCGUUAACGGCGAUGAGCAAGAUCCAGUGGCAAAACGUAGACACAGUGGGAGAUCAGAGUCCGUACAUUACGGCCAUUACAACCCACUUGAAAACGACCGUUCCCAUAAUCCGAGAAAACUUAUCACAGUCUCGGAAGUAUUUCACGCAGUUCUGCAUAAAAUUCGCUAAUAGUUUCAUUCCGAAAUUCAUCCAGAACAUUUACAAGUGCAAACCGAUCAAUACGGAAGGAGCAGAACAGCUCCUUUUGGACACUCACAUGUUGAAAACGGUUCUGUUAAACUUGCCGUCCAUUUCGUCGCAAAUUAACCGACAGGCUCCGGCCGCUUACUCCAAGGUCGUCACGAAAGGCAUGACGAAAGCAGAAAUGAUACUCAAGGUAGUGAUGACGCCCCUCGAUCCGCCCAAGAACUUUGUCGAGCAGUACAAGAAGUUGCUGCCGGAGUGUCAGCUGACUGAAUUCUAUAAGAUACUGGAGAUGAAGAGCGUCAAGAGGCAGGAGCAGACUGUGUUAGUGGACGUUUUUAAAAAUUAUAAGUAGUUCUUUUUCGUGGUGCUAUAAAUUUGUUUUGAAUUUUUGCGAAUUAUUGU